UCCCACAGGUAGAAUCCAAACUGCAAACCUAAGUGACAAGAAUCAGACUAAAACAAUGAACAACAGAAAGAUCCGUAGCAUAUGAAUGGCAAAAUAAGCCAGGCUAUUUAUAUAGCCUUGGAGAGCAGCUCUGCCUGGCACUCUCUCCUUCUUCCUGCCAACAGAAUAGUCACAUGGGCAGCAAGACUGGCAGAGGUGGAAAGAACCCAUGACAGCGUUACAAGGAAAUCAGCCCAGGAGGAAGGAAGAAAGCCAAGUUGUACUGAAUGGCCACCAUCCAAAUUGAACUGGUGGAGACAAAAAGAAAAAGUUGUACCCUGCUGCCUGCAUCUCUCCUUGCCUAUUGAUUUAUACGGUGCUGCCACUUUUCCCACUCCUGAGCCAAUCCAUGCUAAGCUUCCAUUCCAUAGGAACCAAUCCCAAUUAGGCAGCAGAAGAAAGGGCGGGGGUUCUCUCAGGAGCUUACCGACACCUGAUUCCUUGUUUUCCCAGUAUCAGGUAUACAGGUCGGACCUCAGAAGAAAGUGACUCGGGCGGGUGACAUUUGUAAAAAAAAAUUAAAGUUGAGGAAAGAAAAGUGUUUCCCUUAGACGGCCGGUGCCUUUUCCCAGGUGCUUCUAGUAGCCCCUGGAAACAGCCAAGCUAAACUGGCUAGAGGCAGAGGGGCUGCCCAAGUUGCAGAAGUGUGUGUGCCACCUGCGACAGUUCUGAGGAGGAGCGGGCGGGCGCCGGAAAGGGCUAGUUCUCCUGGGCUAGUUCUGCGCGGCAGCCUGUUGCUGCGGUAGCGAGGAGUUCCCCGGAGCAAGUCCAGCUAACGCCGCUUCCAGCUGGGGCUACGGGAUGGAUUGACGACCCCAGCUCCUGCGGCCAACAGGACCCUGGCAGCCCCGACCUAGAGAAGGGUGCGUAAAAGAUGGCUGAGAGCGCGGCAGCAGCCGCCCCCUCGAGCGGGCCCGGCGGCAAAAGCGGCUCGUCAGGCACGUGGUGGAAAUCGCUGACCUCCCGCAAAAAGGCCAAAGAGGCACCGGCGGCCGCGCCAGGAGCUCCCCGAACGCCGCCCCACCCCUCGGAGCCGCCCCUCGCCCCGCCCAACCCCUCGGACUCGCUGGAGACCCCGCAGCCCCCCAACUUGGGCAGCGGCAGCCGCAGGAACCUGCGCAUCUCGCGCUCGGGCCGCUUCAAAGAGAAGCGCAAGGCUCGCGCCACGUUGCUCGCCGAAAGCCCCCAGCAGCUGUUCGAGAGGGGAGGAGGAGGAGCCCCCGCUGCGCUCCCUGGAGAGGAGGCGCCGUGCCCGUGACCGCCCCCGGGGCGGGGCCUCCCGUCUCCUUUGCACCUCGGGGAGCUGCGGCUCGAUUGCAGGAGGAACUGCUUCUUGCAGCAGCAGUCGCCGCCUCCCGAAUGAGAAAGCGCUUUGGAAACAGUCGCCUUGGCUCCAGCCGGAGAGGGCCGCCUUUGCACCUUGCGUGACCGGGAGUUGCGGGGCGAGCUAUCGGAGGAGGGAAAUCCUCCCCUUCUCCGCCUCACUUCUGGGAGAACACGAGGAGGAGGAAGGCCUGCACCUUGACCUGUUGCAGGGGAAGGGCAGCAACGACUCCGGAACAGUGCGAAUGUGUAAUGAGAGCUUAGCUUAGGACACAAAGAAGAAGCAAACAAGUCGCCCUUCCAGUUCUUUCCCAGCACAUUGCCAUGGCAUUACAGUUUGCAAAGAGGACCGUGUCCCCGAGAAUAUCAUUAUCACUGUACAUUCUUGCCUCCUGCUUUUGGAGGGCGCAGGGAAUUGUGUAGUGCUUAGUACGACGUAGAUGUGGAUGCUAGAAUUAUUUUGAAUGGGAAUAAGAAUUGUAACAAAUAUCCACUAAUGGGUCUGAAUGCUACAUCUCCCAAAUCAGAGAGCCAGACAUACAACAUAAAGUUGCAGUGGGUCUGUCCUGAAAAGAACAUUUUAAGUCUGUUUGUAAGGUCUCAUGCAUUCCCUGUUCAAACUUCUUAGCUGGAUUAAAGAAAGGAGUCCUGUUGCUCAAAUAACUAGGAUUUCUAAAAAGUGA